AUGGCGAGGACAAAGACAACAGGAGGGGCCAAACUGCAUGGGCCCAUUUGUGCAUUUGUGGCCAGAGACAUCACAGUUUCUGGAUAUGACUGGCUCAUCGAAGGUUUUCAGAUGCUGCAACGUGAAGACCUCAUGUUUCCCCAGGAUUAUUUCAUACCAACACCCGGUAGGGACUGGACCGUGUUCAAGAACAAGAUUUUGGAACCACCUGCAAUGGCAAACUAUUUUAGGAUUGUUUUGGGAAGAUUGGGAACAACACGUUUUCAAGAUGGAUAUUGGCGUCAGAACCAGGCGAUGGAUUUGGUGCCAGGUGCCAUGCUGCUUUUCUGGUCAGGCCAUAGCCCACGUCAUUAUUUGACACAGGCAGCGACCUCGUUAGGGGUAGACAAAACAAAACGUGACUUUCUUGGCAGGUGGUCCAUAGGACGGACAGGAAGCAAUGCUUACUUGCACACAUCACGCCAAGUGGUGGAAGAGGUUCAACACUUGGUCAGGGAUGCUAUCGUGUUGGGCGCCCCAGUUUUAGAUGAAUCAGAGUUGCUGGAAGAUAUCAUGCACUUUGCAGACAAGCAUGAAUUGGUAGGUCAAAGAGUCAGGAGACGCCACACACAUGACUACAGGAGGGCCAAUGCUGAUGAGGUUUUCAACACAUUUGAUUUGGAUGUUGAACAGGUCGAUGCCCAGGAGAAGCAACAGGUCAUGGAAGCAGUGCAGCGAGAGGCAGGUGAUAGACAGGCCCCGGUGGGCUAUUUCAUUACGACCUCGAGGUGCAUUGAUUCCACUGAUGUUGACAAUGUUCAGGAUGCAGCCUAUGAUGCUACUUGCAAGGUAUGUCAACGUAGGGUUUCAGAAGAGUUGGGUCGCAUGACGACUGACCAUGAUGCUUCAAGUGACUCAGGUGAUUCUUCCUCGACGAACACCUCUGGAGACGAGGCCGAGGCUGAAGAGGCUUUCCCUGGCUUACAGGAUCAAAUCUACAGCUGGUACAGGUUUCUUUCUACACUCAAAGCAUGCCAGGAGCUUCCGCACGCCACCUGGCCAGUGUUCGACGAGGGGCGACAAUACUUGGGCCCCUUGCCCACAUCUGGUGGCCACAAUAUGCAUGCCAAGCCUCUUCACUCGGCUCUCCUGCUGGGGCUCUUUCAGACGAUGGGCCAACGCCUACAACCACCACAGCUGCAGAUAGCUCUCUUGCCGGGACUCUUACAGAAACAGGUCCAGCACAGGCAACCACCAAGACGGCAGAUGGUCCAGGCCAACCACCAGUUGGAACUGCGUUGGCGGCCCCGGGCUGAAAACGACUUGGCAGACAAGCUUACCAAUGAAGACUUCAGCCAGGUAGAUGCGAACCUGCGCGUGGAAUGCAAGUGGGAAGACUUUGAUUUCAGCCUUCUGCAACAGUUGUGGGAGGUUGUUUCGGGUGGCUUCUUCUCUUUGAUAAUGACUCCAUUAUUUCAGAUGCUGAACCUCUAUGCCACUCUGACUUUAUUGCAUCAGAAGCCUUGGGCACUUCGUCAUUCCUUGGAUGAGCGUGAAGACUACUUAGAAGCGGAAGGGCUCGGCUACCCUUCCACAGUGUUGGCUCAGACAGCAGUGUCCCUCACCUGCUAUGCAGCUCAACGUGAGCACUUUGAACGCAUCACUGACGAUGCAACUACCUUACCACCAAGACAGGACAACGGCGAGUCCAUUGUCCGUCAUGCCUCACCCAGCCGUCGAUGUUGCGGUCCGACAGAGAACACUGUGGAUCGCGGGUCGCAGUUGGACGAGGAGGACGACGAGGAGGAGGAGAGGGUGGCCGUGGAGCGCCUGUUGGGGGCGAUGGAUGAAAAGGAUGAGCCGUCGCCAGAUUACCUGGCGGUCAAGCUGGAGGAGGUGGAAGGUGGACGCCUGAGGAUCAUCAAGGAGAAGAAAAAGGCCAAGAUGCCUGUCAACUCUGAAGAGUUACGCGUGCGAAGAUCAAGAUCCGAGUGCAACACCAUGCUCAUGCUGGCAGCCAAGUUCAGAAACAAGACUUGGUUUCAAGAUUUGUCUACAAAGACCUUUCAGCGCUAUGUGGAUUUCCUCCUGGGAGAAAAGAUCUUUCAGCUACAGAUCCCCAAGGGUGACGGGUCAGCUCAGACCAUGGCCGCCAACCCCAGUUGGGACCUUAUGAUCAACUUCGAGCACAAGUUGAGGAAGGAGGCAUAUCGCAGAACCUCGCGCGAGGGAAGACCCCUGGCAGUGACUAUGGAGGAGGUCAUGGCUGACGCAACUCUGAAGGAGACCUUUUUCGUGACGCCUUUGGAGGAAAAGGAAAAUCACGCAAAGGACGACUGGGAGCAGACUCCAAAGCAGGUCAACGACAGCGGUCUCACCUGGGAGACUUGGCACGAGGGUGGCAAGGACUCCCCUACAGUGCAUGUGCUGUAUCUCUUUGCAGGUGUCGAGCGGCGUGCAGAUGUUCGACAUUAUUUAGAAGAGCUGGCAAAGCGGGAUGGCUAUACCCUCAAGAUUUUACAGCUGGACAUCCUUCGCAAUGAAGGGCACAACCUCCAUAAGGAGGAGGUCUGGAAUUGGGUUUCACAGCAGCUGCAGUCUGGUUUGGUGGAUUUAUUUUUGGUGGCACCGCCUUGCAACACGCACAGUCGCGCCAGGUGCCAGUACAGACAACAUGGUGGGCCACGGCCUCUUAGAAACUACAACUUUCCCCAUGGAUUUCCAUGGCUGAGCCAAGCCAAUAUGGAAAAGGUGCGCCUGGCGGAUGAGCUGGUGCAGAAAUCUUUGCACGGCUGUGCGGUGGUGCUAGCCCACGGAGGCCAUUUCUUUCUGGAACAUCCCGAACAGUUAGGGGUGACAGCGGGACAAAUCCCGGCAAGCAUUUGGGACUUGCCUGAAGUCGCAGAGCUGCUGUGCCAAAAAGGACACCUUGCACCGGUGUUCACUCCUGACAGUCUUGCAAAGAAACGCAUUGCAUGCACCUCAUACAACAUUCAGGAUGACGAGUUGAGGUCUCGAGCUUUGAACUGUUUCAGAGUUUUGGUCGGUUUGGACUUGCAUGCAACUGGCAUUGGAAAAUCGAUGUUGGACUGCGUUGGAGCCCAUGACACAAGCACCGAUGUUUUGCAAGUUUUGUCAGAUGCCCUUUUUAGCAAAGCCACUGGGACUCUUUUGAAAAGAUCGUCAAUGUUGUGGCGAUGGGCCAGUUGGAUUGCAGCUACAGGCAGGGGCACAUGUUUUGACCAGACCGAGGAUACACUGUAUAAGUACAUGAAUCACUUGCGUGACAGUGGUGCUGCUCCUACAGCUGCAAGUCACUUUGUGGAGGCACUCAGAUUCAGUGGACAGGUGUUCAAACUUUUAAAGAUGAAUUCACACUCCGUAAUUACCUCAAGGGUCACUGGAGCUGCUCACAACUUGUUCCUUCAGAAGAGGAAGCUUCAACAGGCUCGUGCUUUCACCGUGGAGGCUGCAGGAGUCUCUGAGAGCUUGUGCAACGGAGAUUCCAGAGUGCAUGUGCGAGUCAUUUGCGUCACAAUUUUGUUUUGCAUAUUUGCCUGCAUUCGUUGGUUUGAUGCGACAGAUGCUGGACUGGAUGAUAAGAAAAUCUUCCUACCGUCCUGGAAUGAGGUGGCACAGACUUUGUCAGCUUAUCCCAUGUCUUCAGGUGAAGCGACUUGCUGGAUUCGAGAGCUCCUAUUUGCAGCCCAUGUUCCAGAUUCAGAGGGGUUUUCAAGCCACAGCUGCAAGUGUACUCUUUUGACAUGGGCUGGCAUGUGCACCUUAUUCACUCGGGAAGAGAGGGCUGAGCGUUUGAGCAUGCUGGUGCGCCAAGCAGACAAACCCUUGGAUGAGAACCUGGCACAAACUUGGCAGGAGCCUGAGCUGGAGCUGUCUGAUGAAAGCAGUCAGGCAGCAUUUCAGUCGAGAGCUCUGGAAGUUGGCAUUACUUCUGCAGAUUUACAGACGUUGAAGACAGGUGGAAUCAACAGCUACUCUCGAUAUGCUUUCUGCUGUGCAUAUCAGCCAGGGAGUGGAAACGAGGACGUCCUUUUUGAUUAUUUGGAAUCCGUCCUGGGAGCAAAGCCAACUGGAGCUGAUGCGUCUAACUAUAGACGGCUUUUCUUUGAGAGUCAUGCAUUGGCACUGAAGGACUUACAGAGCAGGUUAGAUCGUAGCGAUGCAUCUGAGUUAAAAAUCUUGCCACUGGCAGAAAAGGUUCAACGAUUGGAGGCUUUGAGGCGAAAAUUCCCUGGUGUCAUGCUCAGCACUUCCAUGGAACCAAGUCACGAGCUCAUCGACCGAGUGGUGCAUCAGUAUGAGGAGAACUGCAUUAAACUUGUGGAAUUAAACAAGUGUACUUCACGGGAACAGGAGAUCAAGAGUGAGCGCACUACAUCACAGCUUUCCUUCGAUGCUCAGGGAAACAUUAAGGAACCACCAACAGGAUAUCGACACAUUUCCGCCGAUCAGAUCAUUCAAGCUGAUCGCAAGUUGUGGGUGAAAGUGGCUGAACAGACACGCUCACGAGUGACAGGUGUGACAGCGGAUGGAGUCAAGAAUGUUGAUGCUGCUUUGAAGGAAUUAUCGCAUCACCCAGAUGUCCAGUUCCACAUGCUGCCAUUGCCGUUGCGCGACAGUUCACAGGCUUCCUCAUCCAACCAGAGGUUUCAGCCAUACCAGCAAAACCGGGCAAGCCCUCCGGAGCAGAAGGGCAAAGGCAAGGCUGGCGGCAAAGAGCAAGGCAAAGGACGUAUCCAGGUCGCUUUGAUUUUAGCAGAUCUCACCCAGGAGCACUCUCAACAGACUGCUUUAAACAUGGUUCGACAACUUCGACCUUUGAGUAUUCAUUUGGGUCUCCCAUGCGGGACCUGUUCUCGUGCAAGGGAACGUGAACUGCCAGAGCAUUUAAGGAGCCAGCAUAGCGCACCUCCACCGCUUCGAUCGGCCGAGCACUUGAUGGGCAUGCCAGGACUUGUUGGCACAAACCUGGCCAAAGUUCAAGCAGCAAACACUUUGUAUUAUUUUGGAGUGCAAUUAUUGUUUCUUUGCUUCGAACUUGACAUUUUGGUGUCGGUCGAAAAUCCCGCCAGAAGCUGGCUGUGGGGAAUUCUGACUAGGUUGGUUGCAGCCAUCAACAAUCCAGAGUUCACCAAAUGGUAUGCAGCCCUGACUUCUACAGACUUCCAUGCGUGUAUGCAUGGGGGAGAGCGCAACAAAAGGACGCGAUUGUUGGCGUCACAAGGCCUUUAUGAUGAACUAUCGGCAGAAUGCGACAACAGUCAUCAGCACAAACCUUGGUUUGUGGUCCAAAGAGGGUCUGGUUUGGAGUUUGCAACAGCUCUGGAGGCAGAAUACCCACGAGUCCUAUGCACUCGUAUGGCAGCUUGCCUGAAAAGACAGGCAGAACAGCGGCACUUGCGCUUGGGGAGAACUUUCAAAUACGGUAUCCAGUGGAAACCCGAAGAGUUCUUUGAGGAGGCAAAAGCAGUUCUGCAUCCAAAAGAUCCACAAAAAGCUUUACCGCUCGUUUUGAAAGAGGCUGUGAUACAUGUCAUGAGUUCCAGUCCAGUCGAAGUGGCUAAGCAUCGACUGAGUGUGGUUUUGGCUCUUCAUAGGAAAGCUUCCGAGCUAGCGGCAGAAGAACAACAGUUGAAAGCGUCCAUGGAUCGGCAGACUGCUCAUGUUUUGGCCAACAAGCGGUUGUGUUUGUGGAAGCACUUGUUGGAAACUACAGGUUUUGCAGACAUGCAGGUAGUUGACCUGGUCACCGAUGGGAUUCCACUUUAUGGCAGCCAUACAAAGCCGCCGAAUUUCCCAGACGAUUGGAGGCCCUCACUGAUUUCAGUUGAUGAGUUAUUGGAAUCUUCUAUCUGGCGGAGAAAGGCUUUGAUGGGGGCUGAAAACUCUAAGAUGGAAGACGGAGUGCAGGACGACCUUCAUGAAGCAACCAUGAAGGAGGUUGAACUGGGGCAUUUGCAUGGGCCUCUUUCGGAGGAGGAAGUCACGGCUCACUUUGGGUCGGACAAGUGGCUUUUCAACCCUCGCUUUGCCCUCUACCAAGGAGCUGAGGGCAAGAUACGCGCCAUUGAUGAUGGCAAGAGAUCCUCCUUGAACCUUGCGUACACUACCAACUUCAAGCUUGAGCUGUACGACGUUGACACGCUUGCAGCAUUGGUCGCAUCAGUGGCCGACAGCUUGCAACUUGGAAAGGUGAGUUUCGACAUGGAAGAUGAUACAACGUGCACAGUGCCAGUGCACCCGGAGGUUGCCAGCGACACCUGGUGCGGGAGGACCCUGGACUUGUCGCGAGCUUACAAGCAGCUAGCGGUGGAUAAGGCCUCGAGACUCUUGAGUGUCGUGGGCUACUAUCAUCGCAACCGCUGGGUUUUCUUCAGAUGCGAUGUGCUUCCUUUUGGUGCUGUGGCAGCAGUCUACAGCUUCAACCGCGUUUCUCGCUCACUGCACCACUUGAUAUGCAAAUUGCUUUGGGGGCCUUGCACUUGCUUUUAUGAUGAUUAUCCAACUAUCAGUCCAAACGCAUCGUCAGCAAUCCUUUCAAAGGCAAUGAGUGCCAUGCUCACGCUACUUGGAUGGGACCAUGCCAAGGUGGGUGUUAAAGCAGCAGAUUUUUCUUCAGCCUUCAACGCUCUUGGAAUUUCGGUGCAGCUGGACAGCCUUAACAGGGGAGUCUUCAUUUUGUGCAACAAGGAAGGCCGUAUCGAGCGCCUAUGCGCCAUGCUGGAAGCGGUCAAAGGUCGUGGAGUCAUCACGCGAUCUGAGGCUGCGCAAAUACAGGGUCAUCUGAACUUUGCGAGUGGUUUCUUUGUGUCCAAAGCGCUGCGAUUUUUGGUGUCUUCUUUUGCACGGCUGGCAGACAUACCUAGAUCGCUUGGAAGCGGCGACCUUCAAAGACUUUGCGAUUUGGCAGUGACUAUGCUGAAGGCGAUGCCUCCGCGGCAGUAUCGAUCGGAAUCUUUCAGAAACCCUUUUCUCAUUUUUACAGAUGGCGCUUGGGAGGAUGGAAGAGCAUCCGGUGGAGCAGUAACUUACAAUCCUCAGACUGGAGAGUCAAAGGUCUUUGCCGUAGAGAUUCCUUUGAAGCUGAUAGACAAAUGGCUUGAGGAAGUGGGAGAACAGUUGAUAUCGCAGAUUGAGUUCUUUGUUUAUUUGGCUGUUCGCUUCCACUGCCGCCAAGCUUUGUUCAACAAGGUAGGCAUUGCGUGGAUCGACAACGAAGCCGCCAGGUUCGUGGCAAUCAAAGGGUCGUCAGAUUCAUUCAGCUUGCUAGCUAUGAGCCGUGUCCUCCAACAGCUUGAGCUUGAACUGCCUUCCUCGGUGUGGCUCGAACGUGUUUCCUCCUUCAGCAACCCUAGUGACAUGCCUUCUCGUAAACGAGUCAAAGAAGCAGCCAAACUCUUAGGAGCUUCCGAGAGCGGGGUACUACAGAUCCCGGACAGUGUGAUCGAAGCCAUACUGUUGAUGCACCGGGAACCAUAUGCCUCGUUGAACGCACUUUCUAAGGGGGUCAACUCCAGUGCGUAA